GGGUUUAUUUGCUAAUGAUCUUGGUCUCUGUGAUCUAUCUUUGAAUCUCAAAAGCAUACUAAAGAGAGAGAUCUGUUUCGAUAAUUUGCUGCAAUCACCGUGUUAAUGGCGGCCGUUGGAGUGGAGGCGAGGCCUCCUGUGACAACGAUGGAGGAAACCUGCAACGUCAAGGGAGCGGCGGCGAAACAAGGGGAAGGGCUUAAGCAGUACUAUCUCCAGCAUAUCCAUGAGCUCCAGCGUCUGCUCCGACAAAAGACGAACAACCUUAAUCGCCUUGAAGCUCAGAGGAAUGAACUCAAUUCUAGAGUACGAAUGCUCAGAGAAGAGUUGCAACUGCUUCAAGAACCUGGGUCCUAUGUGGGGGAAGUGGUAAAGGUGAUGGGAAAAAACAAGGUCUUGGUUAAGGUUCAUCCAGAGGGAAAGUAUGUUGUCGAUAUUGACAAAAGUAUAGACAUAACGAAACUCACUCCAUCAACGAGAGUAGCUCUCCGUAAUGAUAGUUAUGUUCUCCACCUGGUUCUGCCAAGUAAGGUUGAUCCCUUGGUUAACCUUAUGAAAGUUGAGAAGGUUCCAGACUCCACAUAUGACAUGAUUGGUGGUCUUGACCAGCAAAUCAAGGAAAUAAAGGAGGUCAUUGAGCUGCCAAUCAAGCAUCCUGAAUUGUUUGAGUCUCUUGGAAUUGCGCAGCCAAAGGGUGUGUUGUUAUACGGUCCACCUGGAACUGGGAAGACACUACUGGCUCGGGCUGUGGCACAUCACACGGACUGUACUUUCAUCAGAGUUUCUGGAUCCGAGCUGGUACAGAAAUACAUUGGAGAAGGUUCUAGAAUGGUCAGAGAACUUUUUGUGAUGGCAAGGGAGCAUGCACCAUCAAUCAUCUUCAUGGAUGAAAUCGAUAGUAUCGGAUCUGCUCGUAUGGAAUCUGGAAGUGGAAAUGGCGACAGUGAGGUGCAAAGGACUAUGCUUGAGCUUCUCAAUCAACUUGAUGGAUUCGAAGCGUCAAACAAAAUCAAGGUUCUGAUGGCGACAAAUCGUAUUGAUAUUCUGGAUCAAGCUCUUCUCAGGCCUGGAAGGAUUGAUAGGAAAAUUGAAUUCCCUAAUCCUAAUGAAGAGUCACGUUUUGAUAUCUUGAAGAUUCACUCGAGGAAAAUGAAUCUGAUGCGUGGAAUCGAUCUGAAAAAGAUUGCAGAGAAGAUGAAUGGUGCUUCAGGUGCUGAGCUGAAGGCUGUGUGCACGGAGGCUGGUAUGUUUGCGCUGCGGGAGAGGAGAGUACACGUGACACAGGAAGACUUUGAGAUGGCGGUGGCCAAGGUAAUGAAGAAAGACACAGAGAAGAACAUGUCUCUGCGUAAGCUCUGGAAGUAGGAAUGUCUUUGUUGUGUACUCAACUCUAAAGGAGAGCCAAAGAUUGAUUUCAUUUAGGUUUCCUUUACUGUCUGUGGUUCUUUCUGAAACCUUUUCGGUUGGCGCUUUAACCUCCUGGAAACGAAGUUUGUACAACUAGUUUAUAUUCAAAUGGUUGUUCCGCAUAACAGCUUGCAUUUACAUUUUAAAUUUAUUCUUCUCCAAGAUUGUUUGACAAAAUAAUCGUCAUUGCUUUGU